UAACAAACUCCUGUUAUCGAAAAAAAGGUUAAAAAAAUGUCUAAGUCCGACCAGGAUCCAAUUGGUUCGCUGAGCAUAAUGGAGCAAAUCAAGAUUCUGAUCAAGCCUCCGCCAAAUGAGGAUGAGAAACUGGUUCAGCGUAGCAACAAUACAAAACACCCAUAUUAUAGGCGUCCUGGACGCGGACAUAACCACGAUUUGUGCGAUGCCUGCGAGGAGGGCGGAAAUUUGCUGUGCUGUGACCGUUGCCCCUCCAGCUUUCACCUGCAAUGCCAUGAUCCACCGCUCAAUGAGGAGGAUAUACCGACCGGUCAAUGGUUAUGCCAUAGCUGUCGCAUGGCCAAAGUCGCACAGCCCACGUCUAACUCGAAAUCCAAUUCAGUGGAGCGUGUGCCGUCAGGAGGCAGCGGUUCACGCGCCCAUACACCCUUAUCCGGUGAUCUGGAGUCGAUACCGUUGAAGAUACGCAAUUUGCGCAAGCGGAGCAGUAGUGACCGGAACAGCACCGAGAAGCUGUUGUCCAAAAUGCCGUUGGCAAUACAGCGCGCCCUUGACCCGAACAGAAAACCAACGCCACUGGACGAUGUAAUACGCGCCGCCAGCAUGAUGAAUCCGCAACAGUUCUCAUUGCCACCAGAGCUGGAGCUGCACACCCAGUUUCCUGGCAAUGGCAAGGUGCAACCGGUGAAUCAGCCACACAGCGGUUCGACUGGUGGCAAUGGCCAUCGCAAGCCGAGCAGUCAGCGACGCAACUCCAAGCCAUUUGAACUGGACGGCCAGGGUCUGGUGCCGUUGCCAGCCAAGACGUGUUUCUAUUGUACGCGCAGUUGUAAACGGGCGCCGCUCAUCUCAUGCGAUUAUUGUCCACUGUAUUAUCAUCAGGAUUGUCUGGAUCCGCCGCUGACAUCACUGCCAGCCGGUCUCUGGAUGUGUCCCAAUCACGUCGAGAAUUUUAUCGAUACCAACAUGGCGAACAGCAUCUCAGCAACGGAACGAGUGCGCCUGUGGAAUCGCUUUCAUCAGCCGCUCGAUCAUGAAAACGUCAAGAUGGAGUUCUUUCGUCGCGUCAAUUCACGCAAUCCACCCUUUCGCAUGAAGCUGAGCACGCGCGGACGCGCCCACGUCGAGGUGCCGCCCAUGGUCCGGUAUCACUACGAGCAUCCGCCGGCACUGCUGCCAUCCAUGCGGCAAACGUUGCGCUAUGAUCGUGUCAAGCGACGCAAACAGCUGCCCACCGCUGUCGAGGAUAUAUCCAGGGAGAGUGUCACCGAAUCGCUGAUCAAAGAUAUUGAGGCAUUGCGCUGUGCGCGUGCCAAAUUUCGAGAGAUCCAACGGGAGUAUGGCAAUGCGGAUCUCGAUGGCAACAUUAGCGACAGCGAUCCAGAAAGCGGAGCUGAACAGCAGCCACAACGGACGAGCAACGGACUAACGACUGCUUCGGCCCACAAGCAGCUGGAAGAUAUUCCAGCUGAUGGACACAAUGAGCGCAAUGAGUCCAUAAACACGCCGGCGGCGCCAUCGGAGCAGCAAAUGAAGCAACAGCAGCAGCAAAAGCCAAACAACAGCUGCUACGGGCCGACGAAUUUGGAAAUUAGCUUCGAGGAGGAUGAGGAUGAUUGCAAAUCGAGCAAUCUGAUUAUUGAUGCGGAUCUGUGUCAUCUAGAUGUGGACAUCAUUAAGAAACUGGCGCAUCAGCGUCUGCAACAGCUCGUCCAGGAGCAUCCCGAGAUUGUUACCCAAUACAAGAAUCGGACUGCGGCGCGUCGAUUGCGACAGCUAUCGGCUAGCGGCGGAGAGUCAGCGCUACAGGGCGAUCUGGCGCCGGAGGAUAUGCGUCGCUUCUCGCUGCUGUUCACCAGCGAAACAUCAUCGAUACUCGCCCAGAAAAAUGGCAAUGCCGCCGAUGAGGAUCCCAUGUUGGCUCUGCAUCCGGCACUAGCCACAGCCGCUGCCAUUGCGGCAGCCGAUGCUGCCGCCGAAAGUUAUGUGCCACGAAUCCGCACCGAUACGGAGAAGGCCUAUGAGCUAGCCAUGCGGCUCGAACUGAAGCUGCUCAAGUGCAAGGUGCGAUCGCGAGCGGUACUCACCCCGCUCGGCGAUAUGCUCGAGGAUAGUCGCUGGUUUAGCUCCCUCGAUCUGGAUCACUCGAUAUUCAUGCGCUAUCGCACACUUUACAUUGGCUAUGGUGGCCAUUAUACGCCCUCAACGACACUGGGGCAAACGGAAACGGUGGAUCUGUCGGCGAUCGGUUAUUGUUCGCGGAUAUCGCAACAGCAUGCAAUCAUAUUCUACGAUGAGUUCUCCAAGUCGUACGAGCUGAUGAACUAUUCCGAAUUUGGCACUGAGGUCAAUGGCCAGCUAUACACAUGCGAUCUGGCCGAUUAUACGCCCACGCAUGCCGGCAAACGGAUGCGUGCCGACGAUACGGAACUCAAGCGGCGCGUCGAUGAUCUGCUCGAUAAGCGUCGCUCCAUCCAGCGACAGUAUGAGGCCAAGGGAGAAGCACACGGCAGACUGGCGCCCGUUGUUAAGGACGCGUGUCGCUGCCAAGCCGCAAGCCCUGUGCCGUUGGUGCCGGGUGCCUGGGAGGGAACCGCUGUUCUCGCCCAUGGCAGCCUAUUGCGAUUUGGUUGCCUCACGUUUGUGUUCGCUGUGUCUCCAACAGAUGCGAUGACUCUGCGGCACAGCAAUGCCAAAUGACAGACCAUGUAGGGGUUAAGUGGCGACAGUGCGAAUGCAAAUCAAUUUGCCGAGCUGGGCCGCAGAAGCAGCAGCAGCACCAGCAACAGCAGCAGCAACAGCAGCAGCAACAGCAGCAGCAGGUGCAGCAAGCGCACAUGUCGCAAAUCUUUACGUUUACUCAAUCAAGCAGCAGUGGCGAGCAGCAAGAAACACCAAUCUCAGUGAUCGGCAAUCGGUUUGGAUCACACACACACACACAACCAGGUGCCCCAGUGCCAGGAAUAUUCCAGCUCCUCAAAAUCCCCAAAUCACCAACUUACGCCACAAAAUAGAAAGAGAGCUCGAAGUGGAGACAGAUAGAGAGAGAGAGAGAGAGAGAUAAAGAAAGUGUGAAGGAUUACAAACCAAUUUUGGGUACAAUUAAUAUUGCGUUAUGCAUCAUUUUUAUUACAUAUGUAAUUUCUUUAUUUUUAUUUUUAUUACUAGAGGUAUCCAUUUUAAAUCCCCAUGAUUCUUUCCCAUUCACUUCAUCUUCUAUAGCUGUAUAAGGAGCAUCGUCGUAACACAUAAUGUUUUGUAAGCAAAUAGAUUUUUCAAAUUCUU